CCACCGAAGAAGAAAAUGCGGAAGUGUACCCACUGAAAGCUAACGUGAAUGCAGGUUGUUGUUAUUUGUUGUCUUUGUACUUAUUUCACAAUAUGCGUGUGAUAAAGAAACAACAUCAACGCUUGUUGAAGCCGAGAUAAGUUUACAUUUUUAGGCCGCUUGUGCAGAGGUUAGCAGCCCGUUGCUAAUAAAGCUAAUCUGAAAAAAAUGUGUAAAGUCAAAAAGCUGAGGGCGUUGAUGGAGCAGAGACUCAAUUCCGUCGUGGAAGAAAUAUUUGGAGUGUUUGAAAGAACCAUAGCAGAGUACGAGGAGGAACUUUCCAGAACCAAAAAGGAUUACGAGAGGCAACGCCACCAACUCGACGCUGUUCUCAAACCUCCAGUUCGGUUACACGUAGCAGGCAUUCAACGGGUGUUGGCAGAGAGUCAAGGAGAGGGUUUGUCCAAUGAGCAGGAGUGGAGGGCUGAUAUGGGGCAGGAUGAGCCAGAGCCCCCUCAAAUAAAAGAGGAUGAGGAGGAACUGUGGGAGGAGUUUCAAGUGUUGGAGGCUGACGUCAACAAGCUGACAUUUCCAGGUGUUCUUGUGAAGAGUGAAGACGAUGUGCGUCAGUCCCUUCAGCUUCUUCACAGCCGAAGUGCAGAGAACAGAGGUGCGCAGCCACAAAAUCAACACAUUACAGAAGGUGAUGGAGAAGACAUGCAGGACCGUCAUAUAGGCAUUCAACGGGUGUUGGCAGAGAGUCAAGAAGAGGGUUUGCCCAAGCAUCAUGAACCAGAGCCCCCCCACAUAAAAGAGGAACUGUGGGAAGAGUUUCAUGUGUUGGAGUCUGACGUCAUCAACAAGCUGACAUUUACAGGUGUUCUUGUGAAGAGUGAGGACAGUGACCACGAUGCGUGUCAGUCCCUUCAGCUUCUUCCCAGUAAAAGUGCAGGAAACAGAGGGGCGCAGCCACAAAGUCAACACAUUUCAGAAGGUGAUGGAGACGACAUGUCAGACUCUUCUGAGACUGAGCUCAGCAAUGAGGUCCAAGAAGCUGCUGAGAAUAAUAAUGACUCUAAAGACGUCCAGCAUGUGUCCGUGAAGAAAGAAGUUGAGGUUCCCUCAGAGCAACAGGAGUGGCGCUCCAAUGCGGGGCAGGAGGAGCCAGGGCCCGCCUGCAUUAAAGAGGAAGAGGAGGAUCUGUGGGAGCAGUUUCAAGGGUUGGAGGAGGCCGACGUCACCAAUUUGAUGUCUCCAGGUGUCCCAUAUAAGAGUGAGGACGACGAAGAUUAUGAUGACAUCCAGCAGGUGUCACAGAAGGUUGAAGACAAGCUUCCCACUAAGAAGCAAGAGUGGAGCCCCUGUGUGGGGCAGAAGAAGCUAGAACUCCCCUACCUUAAAGAGGAAGAGGAGGAACCGUGGGAGCAGCUUCAGUCCUCACAGUUUCAUCACAGUGUGGAGAACAGAGGGGCGGAGCCUCUAACUCAACACAUAACAGAAGUUGAUGGAAAGCGUUGUAAAAACAUAAACUCCCAACCAGACGGAAUCUUUGCUCCACUGUCAGACAUGGACGACGUGAUAUCAGACUCUUUUGAGAACGAUCACUGUGACGACACCCAAGAAGUGGACACAAGACGUCAGACUAACAACAAACACUGCUCCGAAUGUGGGAAAUCCUUUGCACUGAGGAGUAAUUUGACAAUACACAUGAGAACACAUACAGGAGAGAAACCUUUUUCUUGCUCAGUUUGCACUAAAAGAUUCUCCUUAAAACAAAAUAUGAUAUUACACAUGAGAACGCACACUGGAGAGAAACCAUUUUCUUGCUCGGUUUGCGAUAAAAGAUUCUCGUUAAAUCAAAAUAUGAUGUUACACAUGAGAACGCACACUGGAGAGAAACCUUAUGCUUGCUCAUUUUGUGCAAAAAGAUUCUCUUUACAAGGUCCCCUGAAAAGACACCUUAUGGUACAUACAGGGGAAAAUCCCUUUGCUUGCUCAGUUUGUGAUAAAAGAUUCAAGAUUAAAGCGGAAAUGAUACUACACAUGCAUAAACACACUGGUGAGAAACCUUUUACCUGCGCCGUGUGCAGGAAGAGUUUCUCCACAAAGCAGACUAUGACCAAACACAUGAGAUCGCACAUGGAGGAGAUGCAAUUUUCCUGCUCGUUUUGCCCGAAAAGAUUCACCAGUAAAAAUUAUGUCAUGAUACACAUGAGAACGCACACUGGGGAGAAACCGUUCAGUUGCAUUGUGUGCGAAAAGAGGUUCACAUAUAAGUAUCAGGUCAGCAGACACAAGUGUGUAACCGCUAUUGAAACGGCAGGGGUUUAAAUACACCCAAGCUGUCAAAACGCAUGUAUGUUUUGUACUUGAUGUGGUUAAGUUAAAGUUAAAGGUGUGUCCCAUUUUGUGUUUUUUGUCUUCCAAAUAAUUGUGUGCAUUUACUAAUUAAGCAACAUGAAACACUAUUUUAUUUUUGUAAAUGAGUGCAUCAUUUGUAAUAAAAGUAAUUACAAAUAUUAAUAAAAUAAACGAGCUACAGUAGUAUUGUUAAAUAGGGUAAAGUUGCAUCAGCUGUGUACGUGGGACAGUCAGAGAUGCUAAGAAUUAAAGGUUCAUAGAAGAUUCCAAUGGAACUGCAAGGGGUCAUCUUGACCCCACAAUUUCUUAAAAUUAAUGAAAGAAUAAAUAAACAUGCAAAUGGCCUCAUGUCACAAACAUUUUUUAUGAGGAAUACCUGGAAUAGGAAUACAUUACCACUUUUCGUUUUAAACAUUUUGAACAAUAACAUUAUUGAGUGUUGAUGUAUUAGUUAUUUCAGUCCCUAACAAGCAUUUGUCCGACCAGUUGUAACAUUUUCAAAACUCUAAACACCAUUAGCACAGCAUUGGUCUUUUGUGGCCAUACCAUUCACAAAUGUCAUGUCAUUUUCACACAAUAUACAGUCAGUGAACGCAUGUCCACGUUGCUUGUAUUUUCUUACUGUAAAAGACAAGAUGUGGACCGAUCGUGUCUUCCGGUACCGAUCAAGCACUUCUUGCUUCAACCACAAUGUAUGUUCAUUUGAUAUUCUUCCUUUUUCAAAUUCAAGCUGUAUCUUUUGAAGUGAGAGGCAAUA